UGGCAUUUCCACAUACGUCUUCGCGAUUGUGUGUGGAGAAGGCAACAAACACACGUGUGGUUGUUGUGGAUUGUAUGAUAUUUAAUGAUUUUGUAAUACAGCAAAAAUGGUGAAACAAAGUGGAAGAGACAACAAAAUAAAAAUGCAUCCUCCAGUGGUUAAUUCUAAUGGCCAAUGUGAACUCAGACCACCAGCAUUUGUGAGCAACGAUGAUGAGGAUGAAGACCCCAAUGAAUUUCCUGGGGUCGUUGAUUUGAACACUGUGUAUGCUAACAUGUCCAAUUCAGAGUUUGGUCCGGGUACGAUUAAUUCAGAUGAAGAGUAUGAUGGAGACAGUGAUGAGGAUAACCUCAAGAUUGCAGAUGUGAAGGUGGCACAGACUUCUUUGCAGGUUUCAAGACCAAUUACAAGUACAGUGAUACAUGGGAUACAAUCAUCAGUUAUCUGAAACCGAAGACAACUGUAGAUGUAAAAAAUACUGUUGCUAAAGUCGUACAAAGAGAGAAGGAGGAAAAGAAGAUAAGGAAACAGGC